AUUGGUAUUAAGGUUGGUAUUCAACUGUCAACAAAAACAUAACCAUAGAAUAAGAACAUAACCUGAAAUUUGUGCGGCAAAAACUCGGAGCUGUAUUUUUGUGUUUAAAAAAAUGUUUUAUCAUAUUUCUUUGGAGCAUGAAAUUUUAUUACAUCCGCAGUACUUUGGCCCACAGCUACUUGAAAAGGUGAAAACUAAAUUAUAUACGGAAGUUGAAGGGACUUGUACGGGAAAGUAUGGUUUUGUAAUUGCUGUCACAACAAUAGAUAGCAUAGGGGCUGGACUUAUUUUGCCUGGGCAGGGAUAUGUAGUAUAUCCAGUAAAGUAUAAAGCUAUAGUCUUCAGACCAUUUAAAGGGGAAGUACUUGAUGCUGUUGUCCGGCAAGUUAAUAAAGUGGGAAUGUUUGCAGAAAUUGGACCUUUAUCAUGCUUCAUUUCACAUCAUUCCAUACCAGCAGAAAUGGAAUUUUGUCCCAAUGUAAAUCCUCAGUGUUACAAAACCAAAGAUGAAGAUGUUGUUAUCCACGCAGAAGGAGAAAUUAGAUUGAAAAUUGUCGGCACACGUGUGGAUGCCACUGGAAUAUUUGCAAUUGGCACACUGAUGGACGAUUAUUUAGGUUUGAUAAGUAACUAGAAAUAAGGGCUUUUUAACUGUACUUUAAGUGAAUAAAAAAGGUUUCUGUAA